AUGUUCCAUACGCCUCCGAUAAACAAUCCCAAAUUCGAUUUAUCGCAGUCGAUCAAAGAAUCGUAUCAGGUUCGAGUAGAAACCAAUUCACCAGUUUUGUCAAAUUCUUCAAGUAAUGGCAGUGGAUCAGUGAAUCGAGACGAAAUUGUACAGGAAAUUGCAAAUAUAACGGCGUUACCGACCGAAUUAUCCAAACUGAUUGACAUUUUCAUUGAUGAUUUGAAACAACCGAAGUAUUUGAAGCCUCUUAAUGUGCUACAAUUAUGCGGGCUUUUUCAAAGUUUUUAUGGAAAAUUCGACAAAGCGGCGUUUCAGUGUCUUUCACGCACCGGUGAAAAUGCCCAGGGAUCAUUUUUGACUGCACGAGAGUCCCUGAGUAGCGGAAUCAGUGGGAUUUUCAAUAGGAGCAGGAGUAGUAGUGACACAAGAAAAAGGUCCUCGUCUUUGUUCAGUACAGAUUCUGCAAACGGUGUACAACCGCUGCUGACACCGGAGGAAUUGGCGAAACAUGUCAGGACGAACGAGAUCAACAAUCACAAGAUCGAACGGUAUAUGGACUUAUGCGAACACGACGUUUUCAAACGAAUACUGGAAGUGGGUACUUCUGUGCCGAACAAUACAGCUCCGAAAUCGGAAAAAUCAGGACAAGCACGUACUCUCAAGGUCUCCAAUUUGUUCCGGAACAGUCCGGAGUUUAUCGAUUAUGAUCGACAAUUGAGUGAAAAAUUAGAAGUCUUGGCAAAAUUGGCCAAAGAUGGGAAACUGAAUUUGAUAGAGUUUUUAUCCAUACGGAAAGACGAUUUGAAACGAAGAGGCGUGCUUACGGAAUACAUUGAAAAAUUGGUUUACGGUUCAAUAGCGCCUUUUGAGAAAUUACAAAACAUUAUAGCCAUGCAUGACGAAAUGACAUCGUCGUUCAACCAUCUGAGUAACGACGAUUUUCUUUCUACGUUAAUUUACCUGAUUGUCAUAAAUCCAGUCAAAAACAUUUUCCUGAACUUACAAUUCAUUAAACUGUUCCGAUACUCCAAGAAAUUGGUCGAAAAGGAUCUGUACGCGUUGACCAACUUAGAAGCAGCUUUAAAAUUUGUGGAAAACUUAACGUUUACUGAUCUGCCCAAAGAGCUGCAGGAUCAGCUUUCAAGUGCAGAGGCAGACAUGUUUCGGUUACCUUUAUCGAGUAAAGUGGCUUUACCUGAUAUCGAUCUUUCAUCGGAAAAUUCGGGCACAAGACAUCCUGGACUUCCUAGAAGUAAUUCUUAUAUGGAAUUUGAAGGUUUCAGAACUGCACUAGACUUUUCCUUGAGGAACAUCAUCGGCAAACUCAGGUCGUACACUCCACCUGUAGCGUCUAACCCGGUGGCGCCAAAUAGUAACACGACAAAUGCAAAUGCGGACAUAGUGGUACCUCAGAGUAUUUCCUCCGAAACGACUACCAUGAAGAAAUCAGAAAUCCCGGAAUCCUGGAAGGAGUACAGAAAUAGAGAAUUCGACGACUUGAAAGUCAGUGAACUGAAACAAGUCUUUUCAAAUUACCAAAAGCUUUUAGAUGCAUUAGAUAGCUAA